AUUAGAUUGUCACAGAAGCUCUCAGUCAGUCUUUGGUCUAGGUUCGCUCCAAUCAGUGAGCUGCAUCUCAGUGACCAAAAAUCAUUGCUUUGAGUGUCAGAGAUGAGAUGAUUGUGCUUAUACAUGUUAUUGUGUCUCUAAUACUGUAGCAACACGUGAAGUUCGAGGUUGCCUAGUCAAGUUUAGUAUUUUACUAGUUAAAUAAUCAAUCAUUCAAUCUGCUUUGAUACACUUCAUUAGCUUUUUGAGUGAAUUAUUGUUCUGAUUAUCUGUGAUCAUGAUUAUGUUAACUUGCUCUUGUUUGAAUGUUCGUGUGCAUACUAGAGGGAGUGCUUUAAAUUUACAAGAUCCCUCAGAUGCCGGUGUUCCGAAAAAUGUUCAAACUGAUUCAUUCUUCUCAUCAAAGAUUUAUGUCUGUACUUUGGACUUAGCUGGAGUUACCAUGUCUCAACAGCGAUUGUGCAAGGAAAGGCUUGUGGAUGAUUGGUCUAUAACCACAUGUGUUUGUUGUAUGAUGGAUGUAUUUGCCAAGCAUGCAUAUGAUAAUGAUAAAGUAUAUGUCAGCAUGCAAGCUCAGACUGAUCCUGUUCAUAUAUCAUCCUUAAUGGAGUCUGUGAAAUAUUCUUCAUUAUUCAAACUGAUUUUACCAGAAAUAAAUGAUAAUUUCAUUCAAAAUAUUGGUGUUGAAUUCCAUAAUGGAAACAUUGGAAGUUCCAUAGAAGUUGUUCAGAGUCAAGUUUCCAAUUAUUUAAAAGAGGAACAAAGAGCUAUGGAAAUUCGUAUACGUCAAUAUAAUGAUGAACAACAAUUGAAAUACAACAACUUAUUACAACAAGUAAGAAAGCAUAAGCAAGCUAUGGUGUACUUGAUGCUUAAAUGUAAAGAGAGUGGAAAUAGUCAUGACGAAGGUUCAGGUGAAAAUUCAUUGGGUUCUUCAUCUGCUUUAAACAGAGAUUCUGCCAAUGAAUCAUCUGCUUCUACAGAUUCUGCAUUUGACAGAAGUGAAACAUCUGAGAUUCCUACUGAGGAAAUUGUCAAACAACAGAGAGUCCGAUCUCUUAGGAGAACUGUAUCUAAUCCAUCUCGCUCAAGGACAAAAGGAAAGCGUGAGCUAAAACGAGCUCCUGCUAGUAUUGAUGUUGGUGGUGUUUUUGAUAUGGAAGAAUUUGAAACAAAGGAGGAAUCAUUUUCUGGUGUAUCUGAUGGAGACAGUGAAGCAGAUUCAGAAAGUGAAAGUACAUCUGAUUUUCAAAAGAAAGGAGAAGAACGAUCCAUUUAUGGAAAUUCUCUUCCCAUGUCUAUUCCAGCAUUUACUAAACUUACACGACACCCACCUAUAGACGAUGAGGAAGAAAAGGAAUCCCCACCAAAAGUCCCAAUUGACAUAGCAGCUAGCAUUCGUGCAUUGGCUUGUAGUGUGCGUGAUGGAACUGAAAUGUUUGGCGAACUUCCUAGAAGACGUUUGAAUACUGGGGAACUUUUGUCAUCAAGGCCAUUUUGAAGAUAUUUUUGGCUGGGAACUUAAUGAUAGUUAAGGGUGCUGGUACAAAACAAAAGCUGUAAUUUACUAUGGAACUGAGCUAUGGAUGUGUACCAUUUUCGAGGGUUGCAUCUUCUGUGACUUCUGCGUUCAUUCCUGAUGUCUUCUUCAUAUAAAUGCAACCUUUUGUAACCGAUGAGAAUUGUGAAAAAAUUUAUCUUCAUACUCCAUUAAGGACGUUUGUAUCGUCUUAUGUAUAUCAUGCCUCACAGCAAUGUUUGAUUUGCAUGGCUUAUUGAUAUAUGUAUGGUUUCAUUAAGAUAAGUAGAUUUUCAUUGUUGAAUGUUGAAAAAUAAUGUAAUGCGUAUGCUUUGUUGAAAUUAAGUUUAAUUGAAGUAAUUAUUGUUAAAAAAUGUUAAAAGAUCUUUAGAUAAAACCUGGUAAUUUUUUCAUGUUAAAUAUUUAUGUGUUACAUCAAAUACAGCACACAUUAUUGAAUGUUUUGUUUUUGGGAUUACAUUUUGAGUGAAUUCACUAUAUUUUUCAUGUUUAAACUGCUGUAAACAUUAGAAAAUUUUAUUUUGGGAUUGAUAUUUUUUUACACGCUCUCAAAAAUUGCCAUAAUUUUUUUUUCCUUUAAAAAAUCACCUUCCAAUUAAUCUAGUAAUAUUUCUUGAAUUGCAGUUUUGCCAAAAACGUCUCUUAAGGGAGAGUCUGUUUAAUUAAUUUGAAUUAUAAAAAAUUUUAACUUUAAGCAUUUCAUGUUAUAAUUGAAGUACCUAUGAAGUAUAAGCCUAAUUGUAAAAUGUUUUCCAAAUUUGGAAUACGACUUGCAAUUAGUUAUUUUUAUUUUAAACUAUCAAGGCACUUAUUUACUUUUCUGUUCAAAAGCACUUAUUGUAAUAUGAAAUUUGCUAUUUUAAUAUAAAUUUUAGUUAUUUAUUUGAGUCAAAGAGGAAAAAAAUGCUCAGAUAAAUUUUUGUAUAAUUUUUCAGAUUUGUUUUAAAGUUUUUUUUUAUUCCUAUGAACUAAUUCUUUUAACUGAUGUUUCUGAACUCAAUUUGAAUGAAUUAAACUGUGAGAUAAGUGAACAAUGUAUGAAUUGUUCGUAUAAAAAAAAGUAAAUGCGUUGGUAAAUGAAAAUCGUUUGGAUUGUGAUAGAAAAGUUUGAGCUUAUUAACAACUGAUAAAAUUUGUGGACUAAUUGAAUGAUAGAUAAGUGUUUAGAUGAAGCUUUUAUAAUAUGUUUAGGUCAUCUGUUCCAGGUGUAACUUUUAAAGUAUUAAUAAGCCUAUUUUUUUACUUAAAAUUUUAAUUAUUACAACUUUUUAGUCUCAAUUUUACAUUUAUCUGUGGUACAAAAUGUGUAAAAUUUGUCUAGUCACUAGAAAGUUAUUUCAUUCUUGGAAGAGUUUCUUGACUUUUUAAUGUGUGCCAUGAAACUGUUGCUUUCUAUUAAUCUUUGUAUUUGUUGGUGCUAUUUAAUGGUCAUAUAAUGGCUUUUUUUCAUGUAUUGAUAGUUAAAUUCAUUUUCAAAUAUUUCAAGAAUGUUUACAGGUUUAUUUUUCUAUAAUGUUUCAUUGAAUUAAAAUAUCCUUACAAAUGAAUUAUUAACUGUAGAAAACAUCAGGAUGUGUGUCAAAUAUUCUUCAUUUUAUAAUCAUUGUGACUAAAUAGUUGUAAUAAAUUCGUGUUCCUCUCAAUUCUGCAAUGGAAAAAUGCCAAUACAGUAACUUUAUUUCUAUGUUUUGACUGUAGCAAAUUAAACAAAUGUCAUUCUUUAAAUUAAAUAACAUGCAAAAUGGUUUCAAAUUGCAUUUUACUCUUCAGAAAUUUUAGAAGAUGCUCUUUAAUUUCAUUGAAACUUUUAAAAACUUCCUUUAAAUUUAAAUUCUAAGUGUUGACAUUUUUAAUCUUAAAAAAAUUAUACUUUUUUUUAAGCAUUAUGUGCAUACCUACCGUUUUCUGACUUCUCCAAACAUGUAAGAGAUCUUAAAUAUAACUGGAAAAUUAAAACUUCAUUAGGAAUUAAAUUUGUACAUAAAAUGAUUUUUAUGAAAAGGAAUUUUUUAUAGUGGGAAAGCAGCUUAUUAAACAUAUAUUUACUUUUGUAGAAAAAUUUCUAUUGUUUAAUACUCAGAAAUUAUUUUGAUAACUGUCACUAUUUUAUCUGAAAAAUUUCUUUCUGUAGUUUUUCUAGGUUGGUUAUGUUUUACAUUAUUUCAGAUGCACAUUCUUUUUUAGAAAAUACAUUUUAUUUAAGUUUCUUGCUAAACAAGUUGUUAUUUUGUUAAACAUUUAUUUAAUUCUGAAUUCUUUUCUCUGAUAAAAUAAUUUGUCAAAGAUUUUUAAAUAAUGAUCUUAAUGUGAUUGUGUGUCAAUUCUUGGUUUUUAUACAUCAUCAUAUGAAAAUUGAUAUUAUGGAUUUGAGUAAUGGAUUUAAUAAAAUAUCUUUUCACAAUUUGUUUAUAUCAAUAAUUAUAACUGUUUUCUAAAGUUUUACUAUGUAAAACUUGUAUUUAUAAUAUUUUUCAAAUUUUAUUCACUGUGUCAUUGAAUGUAAGACACUUAUAAUAUUUAAUUUAGAAAUUCUAUUUUUAUUUAUCAUCUUUAGCUUUGCUUUUAAAGCAGAGAUUCAAAUUUUUGUUUUAGAUGUUUUGUUAUAACUUUUUUUCUCUAAAAUGUGCUUAUUGCUUCUGUAUGUUUUGUCUCAAGUAGUUUAGAAGAUUUUAAUGUUGAAUAUCUAAAUGUUGUCAGAGCUGGUAACACUUAUUUCAGUGUUAUUGUAAAUUAUUGUGAUUACAAAAUUUUUAUUUUGAGAGUAAUAUUUUUUGGUUACAUAUAAAUAUCCUUAUUAUAUUAAAUAUUGUUAAUUAUGUGUGAAAUAUUUUUACUGUAGUUUUCUCUUGAUAAAAUUCCAAUAUAAUAUGACUAAUCAAAAAAAAAAAAAAACCAUAAGAAAUAUGUUUAUUUACUGGUUUUAAUAAAUUCUUUUUUUCAAACCCUCUUUAGUAGGAAAGCUCUUUUAUGAAAUUGCCAUAGAAAGAAAUUAAAUAUAAUUUUAAAGUAUUUUGAUAUCAGCUUCAUUUAAGACUCUCUUUUAGAAAACUAAUGAAUUUUAAAUUGUGUAAAGAUUGCAGCAGUAAUGCUUCAUUUUGACAUGUGCUAAAAUAAUUAAGAAACCUUUCAAAAAAUAAUUUAUAAAAGUAGUAAAUGAAAUUUUAUUCAUUAGAAUCAAUGAAUUUUUUUAAAAUACUUGCAGUCAAACCUUGAUAUCUCAAACUUGAAAGGAGCUGGGAGGUUUUGAUUUACUAUGUAAUUGGAGUUAUUCAUUGAAUUUUGUGCAAUAGGAAAGAGAAACGUUAAAAUUUUAAAGAAAAAGUUUUUUAUUUUUCCAAUUCUAAAAUCUGAUUUCUCAAUGAAAAUAUGUAGCUCUAAUUUUCUCAUCUGGUAUGUUUUGCAUAAUUCAAUCAAUUUAUUGUCAAAAAAUCUGUGCAUGACAGUAUCAUUCUCUUUCUAUGGUAUCUUGUAUUUCCAAUGAUUAUAUAUACAGUUUUUGAAUUAUAUUUUAUUACUACAUGAGGUGAAAUAGUAAGAAAACAGUUGAAAUGGGUUGAGGGGUUGGGAAUUAUGCAAUAGAAGUUUAAAUUUAUCAGCAAGUUGUAACAUUUAAUUUUUUUUUUUAUAUCUUUAUGACAAUUAAUUGGGGAUAAAAGAUAGCAAAUAAAACUGCAAUUAAAAAUUAUAUUGAGAUAAGACGAGAAAAUAUUAAAAGUUUUAGCGAUAAGAAGUUAAUAAAUUUUCUUUUUCUUGAUAGAUUAGAAAGAAUGAAAGGUUCUUUGACAUCAUGCAAUUAGUAACAUUAAUGUUUGAGUUUUUAAGGUUUGACUGUAGUAGUGAAAUUUAUUUCAGUAAUGGUUUUAUAAUAGCUAGGUUACUAACUGAACUGCUGAAUAACCUUUUGAUUACAGCAUUAAUUAUAUAGUAUUUAUUCAAUUAUAGACUAAUUAAAAAAAUAAAAAUUUAUUGAAAUUUGUUUUACAACCUAUGCAUUAUUUUUUAUUCAGGUGAAAGACAUUUUAUAAAUGUUCAGUUUUCUACUGUAAGUUUGUCAAAUUAUGAUUCAUAUGACUAUUUUAGUAAGCUGAAGUGCAUUUUGAAGUUAUAGUUAGUCUUAUUUAACAAUUUCAUCCUAACAAUAAACUUUUUUCUGUGUUUUUUUUUUAAAUUUUUCCUUACAAAAUGCUAACACAUAAUACAGUUCAAUUAAUUAAUUUCAUAAAUUGUUUUUGAAGCCAUUGAUUAUAAUUUUUUUUAAGAUGACCUAUAUUAUAUUCUGAAUUUUUCAUUUCUGUUAUAUUUAGAAAAAAAGUCUUAUAAUAAAAUUCAAAAGUUUUUCGGUUAUAUUUAUAGAAUCUGUUAAAAAAAGUAUCAUUAAGCCUGCACUUCAGUCAUAUAUUGUUGUUAAAUGAGGUUUAUUAUAUUUAAUGAUGUAAACACUAGAAGUUUGAAAGUCUCCUAAACUUGAAAUUUAUUUCAAGUCAGCGCACAAUUAGAAUAUGGCCAAAUAUUACUUUACAAAUCCCAUCGAAAAGGUGAGGACAAAUUUGUAAAAUGUUAAAAUUUUUGAACUAGUUUUGUUAAAUCAACUUGAUAAUAAGUCAUAAAUAUUUUGAAUCUCUAAAUUUUUAUAAUGUACUUGGGGUUUGUGUUCUUGAAGUCUUUUUGUAUUGUGAAAAAUUUUGUUGUUAAUAAAUUUUUCUAUUGUUA